AUGUGCACGUUGAAGGGAAGAACAAGAAAAGAAAUCAGCUUGAUCAAUUCAAAACAAAACAAAAAAAUUGUAAUGACGGAUUUACAAAAACCUAAUAAUAAUCAAAUUGAUCCUAAGUUAAAUAUAUAUUUUCAAAAUAAACGUAUUCGUCGACAUUUAAUAGCAGCAGGAUUAAUUAAUCGUCAAGGUGAAAUUUUACCUUCUAAAAACACUGAAAUUAUCCUUCCUCAACGAUCAAAACAACGACGACGUCAAUUAUCUGCAGAUAAACUAUCAAAAGCUGUUCAUCAUUAUAUAUUAGAAGAUGAACAAAAAGGUCGAGUACAUAUUCGUAAUCAAUUUGAUUUUUCACUUAAACAUGUUCAUAAAGAAAAAAAACCAGAAUCAAAGCAUACAACUCGUCAAGGUAUAUCCCAGAGUUCAUUAAAUGUUCAUCAUUCACCAACAAUAACAAAAAAAAAACGUUCACCAAUACGUGCAAAAUCUGCAAAUCAUUCAUUACAUGAAUCGAGAAAUCGUUCUGCUCGUUAUUCAGCAAAAGAUAAGUCACGAAACAACAAAGAGCGUCAUCGUGUAGUAAUGAUCUAUUAUGGUCCACAGACAAUUAUUGAUUAUAAUAUAGCUUGGUUUCAACCUGAUGGUGAUGAAAUUGUUGUUUCACAACAACAUUGUGGUGGAGAAAAUCUUAUUGUUUUUAAAGGUUAUGUUAAACCUAAUGAAACAUUUGAAUUUGAAUCUCGACGUCAUCAAGAUUAUCCAUUUGCAUUAGCUUUUUAUGUUAAUGGUCUUAUUGAUAGUCGAUUAUCAACUUGUUGUGAAUAUAGACAUAAACGUAAUAUACCAUUAGGUGGAAAACAUGGUUUAUUUGGUAUUAUUGAUAUAAAAAAUAUCAAACCAUGUCGAUAUUGUCGACAUAAAAAAUAUAGAAAAAAAUCACGAUCAAAUGUUUCACUUGGACUUCAACCAUCACGUUAUCGAAGUUCAUUUGCACCUCGAUUUUUAUUAAGAAGUCAAUCUAAUUCUCCAGAACGUCAACAAACACCAAGUCCAUCUCAUGCUCCAAUAAUAGUCAAAGAUCAUUCUCCAGAUAUAUCUCGAACACCAACACCACCUGUUGCAGAAGAUAAUAAAAAAUCACGAAUAUCUUCAGCUAAUCGUAAUUCACCUAUAGUUCCAAAUGAUCAAAAUAUAGCAACAACACUUAAUAAUGAUGAAGAAAAUUAUUUAUCAGAUUUUGAUGAAACUAAUGAUGAUGAUCUUCCGCCAUCGACUUCUCGAUUUGGUCGACCACGUAUAUCUGAUUCACAUUCAAUUGAUAACAAUCAAAGAGAUACUAAUACUUCAUCUAGAACUUCAUCUAUUAUUUUUAAAAAAUCUGCUCCUUCUAAAAAUGAAGAUAAUUAUAAUCAAUCGAAAGCUAUUGAUCAUUCACGAAAAUCUUCAUCGAGUAUUUCAAAAAGAUCUGAUUUUUUUGAUGAUGAAAAUGAUCAUUAUAAGUCUACAAUACAAACGCAAAAUAACAAUGAUGCUGAGAAUAAUUCAUUAAAUUCUUUGAAUAGAUUUUUUAAGAAAUCUGAUCCAUCUAAAGAUGAAAAUAAUUAUGAUUUAUUAAAUGAAAAAAAUCAGUCACGAAAAUCUUCGUCUACUUUAUCGAAAAAGUCUGAUCAUUCUGAUAAUGGAAAUGAUCAUUAUAAAUCUACAAAAUUAACGACAAAAAAUAAUGAUAUCGAUAAUUUACGACGUUCUUCAUCUAGUACUUUGAAGAAAUCUGGUCCUUCGAAAGAUGAAACUAAUUAUGAUCUACUUGAUAUAUUAGUUGGAAAAAACAAACCUGCAAGUCAUUUACGAAAAUCUUCAUCGAGUACGUCGAAAAAUUCUGAUCUUUCUGAGGAUGAAAAUGAUUAUUAUAAAUCUACAACACCAACGAAAAUAAACAAUGAUGCUGAUAUUUCAUCAAGUUCUUCGCAUAGUACCAUAAAGAAAUCUGAUCCUUCUAAAAAUGAAGAUAAUUAUGAACUAUCUGAUUUAUUAAAUCGAAGAAAUCAUACUGCAGGAUAUUCACGAAAAUCUUCAUCUAGUAUUUCAAAAGCAUCUGAUCGUUUAAAUGAUGAAAAUGAUCAUUAUAAGUCUACAAUACCAACGAAACAAAACAAUGAUGCUGAUAACUUACCAAGAUCUUCAUCUAGUACUUCAAGAAAAUCUGAUUCUUCAUCAAGAUAUGAAUAUCAAAAAGAAUCCAAUGAGAAAACUAUUAAUAAUACUAAUGAUAAUCAAUUUUCAUCAACUACUACUACUACACAAAAAAAUAAUAUUGGAAAUCGACGAACAACAUCGGACUCAGAAAAUGAUGCAUUUAAAGCAUUAUUUGCAAAAAAACCUCAAGAUACUGAUUAUUCAUCGAAUUUUCGUCGUGUUUCAACAAAUUCAACAGAUGAUAUUUUUGGAACUAAAAAUUUUCCAUCGUCAAAAAAAGAUAAAGAUAUUCCUAUCUUUUCAAAAGAUUGGUUUGAGACAAACAAUAAAAUUGAUCGAGAUGAUAAUGCUGACACUAGUUACGAUUCAAAUUCUAAUACAAGACCAUGGAGAAAAGACUCGAGCUCUGAUGAAAAUGGUACGUAUAUUAUUUAA